UCUCUCCUUUACCGGAACACCUUUUUCACACUCGAUAUCUUCCUCUCUACUCAUGAUCCUGCUUCAAUAAUCUUCUUGCGAUUUUAGGGUUUCGUAGUUUGCAGAAAAAAAUUGAAGAAAGAUAAGAACAAACACUAAUUAAUGAGUUAUCGUUGCAACAGUAAAAAUGGCUAAAGCAUGGAUAAACGUUGACGAAAGUGCAAAACAAAUGCUUAGCAGGGUUCUUAAAGAGAGGCCAUUGUUACAUUUACCACCUCCUCUUCAUAGGGUACCCAUUGGUGUCAACAGCAUUCUCGAAAUCGUGGGCCCGUCUCCUUCCGCCAAAACCGAGAUCUUGCUACAAGUCGUGGUUAACUGUAUCCUUCCGAAGAACCGAAACGGUGUGCAAUAUGGAGGUUUGGAACAUUCCGUCUUAUUCUUGGACUUAGAUUGUCGGCUUGAGAUCUACCGUCUUUCUCACUUGCUAAAACUGAGAAUAACCGAGGCCAACAGACCGCAUAAAACCAAAGGUUCAAGUAAUCAACCCGAGUGUGACGAGACAGACGUAUUCAACGAGUGCAUGAAAAGGUUUCUAUACACCCGUUGUUACGACAGUUUCGAGUUUCUUUCUGCGUUGAAGGUACUGAACCACAAACUCACGGACAACGGUGUGCAUAUUCUAAUGAUCGACAACAUCGGGGCGUUUCACUCAAUCGACCGUGGUUUCUCGUCUCUACCACAAUUGAACCCGAUUAGGAAAAACAUCGGUGUUCAAAGCGUGUUUGAAGCCGUUGUUCAGGAGAUAAAGAAACUCUUGGAAAUGCAUUCCAUGAUCGUUUUAGCUACAAAAACGGUUACAAAUCAAGUCAAAAGUUCGUAUUCAACGCGGGUUUCUGGCGGGUUAAAGAGCGUGUAUCGGGAGUAUAUGCCAUUAACGUGGCAGUCGUUUGUUACGCGUCGAAUUCUCGUGAGACCUUUAGACGAUAAAAGAAAGUUUGUGGACCGGGUUUGUUAUUCAGCAGAGUGGUUACUGCCAGCUUUAAGUGUCUCUGAUGAGUUUGUUGUUUGUGACACUGGAAUUUUGGAUUCAUUGAGGGUAUAGAAAUGGUAUGCAUUGACUUGAUUUUGGUUUU